AUGGCUCUUUCUCAGGCACAGUUGACCUUCAAAGAUGUGUUCAUAGAUUUCACUCCUGAGGAGUGGGAAUGCCUGGACCCUGCCCAGAGGACCUUGUGCAAGGACGUGAUGGUGGAGACCCUCAGGAACCUGCUGUCUGUGGGUAUGUCUCAUACACAUAUAAGCCGGAAAUUACUGACAAAAGCAAGCAGUGAUAAAGGAGAAGUAUUUCACACAGUGAUGUUGGAAAGACCUGAAAGCCAUGAAAUCACAGAUUUUUUCCUCAGAGAGGUCCAGGAGAAUUUGCAUGAAUUUGAGUGUCAGGGGAGAGAUGAUGAAAGAAAUUACAAAGGAAUGUCUAUAACUAUAACCCAGAACAAAAAUCUCACUAAUGAAAGUGAUCGGCACAGUAGAAUUGCGGUGGGAAAUAAGCCUGUUGAAAAUAGGCAUGGAUCAAGCUUUCAAGAUGAACUGCAGAUACUUCAACCUGAAGGGAAAACAUUUGAAUGUAUUCAAGCUGUGAGGAGUAGCAACAGUAGCACCUCAGAUUUACGACUUCAGAGAACUCCUAGUUUCUGCACCAGCAUUUCUAAUAUGUGUGAGAGUGCUGUUAUGCACCCUUCAGUACUGGCACAAGACCAGGAAGCACAGAGGGAAAAACCAUACAAAUGUACUGAGUUUCAUACAGGAGAGAAACCAUAUAAAUGUAGUUUACGUGGCAAAGCCUUCAGUCACAUGUCUUAUUUUACAGUUCACUGGGGAAUUCAUACUGGACACAAACCUUACAUGUGUAAUGAGUGUGGCAAAGCUUUUAGUGCACAUUCAGACCUAACUAGACAUCAAGCAGUUCAUACAGGAAAGAAACCAUAUAAAUGUCAUGUAUGUGGAAAAGCCUUUAGUAAAAACACAAGACUUACAGUUCAUAGGAGAAUUCAUACUGGAGAGAAACCAUAUAAAUGUGAUAUAUGUGGCCAGUGCUUUACUCGAAAUGCACACCUUGGGAUUCAUCAUAGAAUUCAUACUGGAGAGAAACCAUAUACAUGUGAUGCAUGCAGAAAAGCUUUUAGGGCUCAUUCAGACUUAAUUCAUCAGAGAAUUCACACUGGAGAGAAACCAUACAAAUGUGAUGUCUGUGGCAAGGCGUUUAGGCGUACUGGACACCUUGCUGUUCAUCAGAGAGUUCACACUGGAGAGAAACCAUAUAAUUGUGGUAUAUGUGGCAAGGCAUUCAGUGGAACUUCAAGCCUUACUGUUCAUCAGAGAAUUCAUACUGGAGAGAAACCGUAUAAAUGUGAUGUAUGUGGCAAGGCCUUUAGUCAGUCUACAGGCCUUGCAGUUCAUCAGAGAAUUCAUACUGGAGAGAAAUCAUAUAAAUGUGAUGUAUGUGGCAAGGCCUUUAAUCAUACUACAAGACUUGCACUUCAUCAGAGGGUUCAUACUGGAGAGAAGCCAUACAAAUGCAAUGUAUGUAACAAAGCGUUUAAUCAUACUGCAAACCUGACUGUUCAUCGGAGAAUUCAUACUGGAGAGAAACCAAAUAAAUGUGAUGUCUGUGGGAAGACCUUUAGUCAAACUGCAAACCUUGCAGCUCAUCAGAGAAUUCAUACUGGAGAGAAGCCAUAUAAAUGUGAUAUAUGUGGCAAGGCCUUCAGAAUAAGUUCAAAUGUUGCUGUUCAUCGAAGAGUUCAUACUGGAGAGAAACCAUAUAAAUGUGAUGUGUGUGGCAAGGCAUUUAGCCGUACUGGAAACCUUGCUGUUCAUCAGAGAGUUCAUACUGGUGAGAAACCAGAGACACCAUAUAAAUGUGAUGUAUGUGACCGAUGCUUUACUCAAAACUCACAACUUAAAGUUCAUCAGAGAACACAUACGGGAGAGAAACCAUAUCAAUGUGAUGUAUGUGGCAAAGACUUUAGUGAAACUUCAAACCUUGCAGUUCAUCAGAGAAUUCAUACUGUAGAGAAGCCAUAUAAAUGUGAUAUGUGUGGCAAGACAUUUACUCGUACUGGACACCUUGCUGUUCAUCGAAGAGUUCAUACUGGAGAGAAACCAUAUAGAUGUGAUGUAUGUGGCAAAGGCUUUACUGAAAGUUCAAGCUUUGCAGUUCACUGGAGAAUUCAUACUGGAGAGAAACCAUACAAAUGUGAUGUAUGUGGAAAGGCCUUUAGUUCAAAUUCAAGCCUUGCAGUUCACCGGAGAAUUCAUACUGGAGAGAAACCAUAUAAAUGUGAUGUAUGUGGCAAGGCCUUUAAUCAGACUGCGCAUCUUGCAGUUCAUCGGAGAAUCCAUACUAGAGAGAAGCCAUAUAAAUGUGAUGUGUGUGGCAAGGCAUUUAGUCAUACUGGACAUCUUGCUGUUCAUUGGCGAGUUCAUACUGGUGAGAAACCAUAUAAUUGUUGUAUAUCUGCCAAGGCUUUCAGUAAGAGGAAAGAACAGGAGUCAGGCAUGGCUCUUUCUUGGGAACGACUGACCUCUGAGGAUGUGGCCAUUGAAUUCACUCAGGAGGAGUGGGAAUUCCUGGAUCCUGCUCAAAUGGCCUUGUACAGGGAUGUGAUGCUGGAGACCUACAGGAACCUGCUGUCUGUGGAUAUCUCUCCUACACAUGUGAUCAAGCAUUUACAACCCAAAGCGAACAGUGAUAAACGAGAACCAUUCCAAACAUGGAUGCUGGGAAGAUCUGAAAGCUGUGAAAUCAAACAUUUUCAUCUUUUGAAAAGUCAGGAAAAUAUGUGUGACUUUCAGUGUCAGGGGAGAGAUGACAAAAGAAAUCAGAAAGGAACACCUGUAAGCCUUGAUGGAAAUGUGCCUGAUGGAAGAGAUUCACAUGAUAGAAAGGAUGUAGGAAUCAAGCCCUUUGGAAACAGGCUUUGGUUUAACUUUCAGGAAAAACUGCAGAUAUUUCAAACUGGCAGGACAAUUUCUGAAUAUAAUGAAGUUGAGAGGUCUGUCAACAACAGUUUCUCAUUUUCACCACUUCAGAGAAUUCCUCCUUGUGUCCAAACCAGUGUUUCUAAUAUAUAUGGGAAUGAUUUUAGCAAUCUUUCAAUAAUAACACAAGACCUCAAAGCACACAGGGAAAAACCUUACAAAUGUGAUGAGUUUCAUACUGGAGAGAAACCUUACAAAUGUGAUGAGUGUGGCAAGGCCUUUACUGAUAUCUCAAACCUCAGGAGACAUCAGAAAAUUCAUACAAGAAAGAAAUUACUGAAAUGUGAUAUAUGUGAGAAAAUCUUCAGCCAAAAUGCACACCUUGCUGGUCAUCAGAGGGUUCAUACUGGAGAAAAACCUUACAAAUGUAAUGAGUGUGACAAGCACUUUAGUCAGCUUUCACAGUUGAUAAGUCAUAAGAGAUUUCAUGCUGCAGAGAAACCUUACAAAUUUCAUACUGGAGAGAAACCUUACAAAUGUGGUGAGUGUGGUAAGGCCUUUCGUGUAAAGUCAGCCCUUUUAAGUCAUCAGAGAGUUCAUACUGGAGAGAAACCUUACAAAUGUGAUGAGUGUGGCAAGACCUUUCGUGAAAAGUCAACCCUUUUAAGUCAUCAGAGAGUUCAUACUGGAGAGAAACCUUACAAAUGUGAUGAGUGUGGUAAGGCCUUUCGUGUAAAGCCAGUCCUUUUAAGGCAUCAGACAGUUCAUACUGGAGAGAAACCUUACAAAUGUGAUGAGUGUGGCAAGGCCUUUUGUGUAAAGUCAAUCCUUUUAAGGCAUCAGACAGUUCAUACUGGAGAGAAACUUUACACAUGUGAUGAGUGUGGCAAGGCCUUUUGUCUAAAGUCAAUCCUUUUAAGUCAUCAGAGAGUUCAUACUGGAGAGAAACCUUACAAAUGUGAUGAGUGUGGCAGGGCCUUUACUGACAGCUCACACCUCAGGAGACAUCUGAAAAUUCAUACAGGAAAGAAAUUAUUUAAAUGUGAUACAUGUGACAAAGUCUUUAGCCGAAAUGAUCACCUUGCUCGUCAUCAACGGGUUCAUUCUGGAGAGAAACCUUACAAAUGUAAUGAGUGUGGCAAACACUUUAGUCAACCUUCACAUUUCAUAAAUCAUAAGAGAUUUCAUACUGGAGAGAAACCUUACAAGUGUGAUGAGUGUGGCAAGGCCUUUCAUGUAAAGUCAGUCCUUUUAAGGCAUCAGACAGUUCAUACUGGAGAAAAACCUUACAAAUGUGAUGAGUGUGGCAAGGCCUUUCGUCUAAAGUCAAUCCUUUUAAGGCAUCAGACAGUUCAUACUGGAGAGAAACCUUACAAAUGUGAUGAGUGUGGCAAGGCCUUUACUGAUAGCUCAAACCUCAGGAGACAUCAGAAAAUUCAUACAAGAAAGAAAUUAUUUAAAUGUGAUAUAUGUGAGAAAGUCUUCAGCCAAAAUGCACACCUUGCUGGUCAUCAGAGGGUUCAUACUGGAGAAAAACCUUACAAGUGUAAUGAGUGUGGCAAGCGCUUUAGUCAGCUUUCACAGUUGAUAAUUCAUCAGAGAAUUCAUACUGGAGAGAAACCAUAUAAAUGUCAUGUAUGUGGCAAGGCCUUUAGUUCAAAUCCAAGCCUUGCAGUUCAUCGGAGAAUUCAUACUGGAGAGAAGCCAUAUAAAUGUGAUGUGUGUGGCAAGGCAUUUACUCGUACUGGACACCUUGCUGUUCAUCAGAGAGUUCAUACUGGAGAGAAGCCAUAUAAAUGUGAUGUAUGUGGCAAGGCCUUUAGUCAAACUGCAAGCCUUGCAGUUCAUCAGAGGAUUCAUACUAGCGAGAAACUAUAUAAAUUUCAUCAGAGAAUUCAUACUGGAGAGAAACCAUAUAAAUGUCAUGUAUGUGGCAAGGCCUUUAGUUCAAGUUCAAGCCUUGCAGUUCAUCGGAGAAGUCAUACUGGAGAGAAACCAUAUAAAUGUCAUGUAUGUGGCAAGGCCUUUAGUUCAAAUUCAAGCCUUGCAGUUCAUCGGAGAAUUCAUACUGGAGAGAAGCCAUAUAAAUGUGAUGUGUGUGGCAAGGCGUUUACUCGUACUGGACACCUUGCUGUUCAUCAGAGAGUUCAUACUGGAGAGAAGCCAUAUAAAUGUGAUGUAUGUGGCAAGGCCUUUAGUCAAACCUCAAACCUUGCAGUUCAUCAGAGAAUUCAUACUGGACAGAAAUCUUAA